AUGAUGAAGGCAAGAACAACUAACAAUGUCCAGUCGAAGCGAUCUACCAAGAGCGGAAGAAAAGAUCAAAAGCUACAGAAGACGAAUAGCCAGAAAAGAUUGUUAGAACAAGAGAAACACAAAGACUUGGAUGCUAAGGAAGAGUCUCACAAUCUCUCUACAGUAGCUAGUGAUUCAACCACGCAAUCAGAUCCAUCUGAGGCUUACGAGACUGUAGAUGUUCGUUACUUGGAUGGUGAUGAUGCGUCUGCAGAUGCUAAUCAAGAAUCUGAUUCUCGCAGAGCUGCGGAGAAAACAGAGAAGCAGCAUUAUGUGAAUGGAUCCGUUUUGGAGAGAAAUGUUGACGAACAUGAAUACAAAGAUGUCAACAUCGAUAAAGAAAUCAAUGCCGAUGUAUGGGAAGAUGCUUCGAAUGGUGCUCUUAGUGCUGGAAGUGAGAACGAGGCGGCUGAUGUAACGGAGGAAAGUGGAGGGAACUUGGAGGAUGGAUCUUCUUGGAGGGAGAAGAUUGAGCAUCUGGAGAUGAGGAUCGAGAAUCUCGAAGAGGAGCUUAGAGAAGUUGCUGCACUAGAGAUCUCGCUCUACUCUGUUGUGCCGGACCAUUCAAGCUCCGCACACAAGCUUCACACGCCUGCUCGGCGUAUCUCUAGAAUCUACAUCCAUGCCUGUAAGCAUUUCACUCGGGGAAAGCGUGCUACAAUCGCAAGAAACUCUGUUUCUGGUCUUGUUUUGGUCGCCAGAUCCUGUGGGAAUGAUGUUUCGAGGUUGACCUUCUGGUUAUCAAACAUCAUUGCUCUAAGGGAGAUCAUUUCGCAAGCGUUUGGUAAGUCUCGCAUCACACAGACCUCUGAAUCAAACGGUGAUUCAGGAGGGAAGAAAACAAACCUUAGGUGGAAGAAUGGUUUCCAACAGCUUAUGGAGGAUUGGCAAGAAACUGAAACGUUUACUGCUGCACUCGAGAAAAUCGAGUUCUGGAUAUUCUCUAGAAUCGUCGAGUCUGUUUGGUGGCAGGUAUUUACUCCUCAUAUGCAAUCCCCUGAAGACGACUCAUCAUCAGGCAGUAAAAGAUCGAAUGAGAAACUGAUGGGACCGUCCUUGGGUGAUGAGAAGCAAGGAACCUUUUCGAUUAGCCUAUGGGGAAAUGCUUUCAGAGAUGCUCUUCAACGGCUUUGCCCUAUGCGAGGCGCGGGACACGAAUGUGGUUGCUUGCCUGUAUUGGCUAGAAUGGUGAUGGAGAAGUGUAUGGGUAGAUUCGAUGUAGCCAUGUUCAAUGCUAUUCUGAGAGAGUCAGAACAUCAGAUCCCAACGGAUCCUGUGUCUGAUCCUAUCCUUGAUUCCAAAGUUCUGCCUAUUCCUGCUGGUGACUUAAGCUUUGGUUCAGGGGCACAACUCAAAAACGCGAUUGGGAAUUGGUCUAGAAGCCUCACUGAGAUGUUCGGCAUGAACUCGGACGAUUCUUUAGCGAAAGAGAAAAGAAACAGCGGAGAUGAUCACGUAGAAAGUGAAGGCAGUGAUCGUAAAGCCUUUGCUUUGCUAAAUGAGCUUAGUGAUCUUCUUAUGCUCCCAAAAGACAUGCUUAUGGAAAGUUCCAUUAGAGAAGAGAUAUGCCCAUCGAUCAGUCUUUCACUCAUCAAAAGAAUACUCUGCAACUUCACUCCUGAUGAGUUCUGUCCGGAUCAUGUACCAGGAGCUGUCCUAGAAGAGCUUAAUUCUGCUGAGAGUAAUGGUGAUGCAGAAGAAAGCUUCCCUUAUGCAGCAUCCUCUGUUUCUUACAUGCCUCCAUCGACCAUGGACGUAGCAGUAAAAGUUGCAGAGGCUGACGGAAAAUUGUCAAGGAAUGUGUCGAUGAUACAGAGAAAAGGGUACACGAGCGACGAGGAGCUUGAGGAGCUGGACUCUCCUCUUACAUCCAUCGUCGACAAAUCGAGUGACUUUACUGGUUCAGCGACUUCCAAUGCAAGGUACAGGCUUCUUCGAGAACUGUGGGUUUAG